UAAUCUAUAUUCUUACAAUAAGAGAAGUACAAUGUGGCCGCUUGUAAUGGCUGUCCUCAGGCGCAAUGCCGUUUACAUAACUCUGCCCAUUGCCGGCGUGGUGGGCUUUAUCGGCUAUAACCUGGAGAGCCUGCUGUCUGACAAAUAUACCCCAUACAGUCCCUCCAUUCAGGAAGUUCGCUCCAAGCGCUUGUCCGAAGAGAGCCUCACAACGAACGCCGACAAACUGGAGAACCUCCGGCUGAGCGGUUCUGUCCUGGAGCGAAAUCUGUCCCCUUCCCUGCAGCCAAAGGCCUGAAUUAAAAGUUAUACUCUGUAGAUACUAGAUAAAAUUAAAAAAAUAUUUAAAAUCAAA